AUGCCCUGGCACAUCGCCUGCGGGUUUGGGGAGCAGCAGCGCAGGGUGAGCGGGCAGGGGACGGUGCUGGCAGCCCCCCGGCAGACCCCUAAGGCUGGGGGCGGCGGUGGCAUCCCUGCAAUGCGCUUGGCAUCGCCUCCCCCGGGCUGGCGCUUGCUGUCGUCCAUGAAGGAGCCCCCCAGCAAGGGCAGGGCCAUCGGAGAGGACUUCAGGCUCAACUACAAGCAGUUCAUGAAGACGGCCUCCCUGGACACCGAUGCCGGCAAGACCAGGGCGGCCUCUUGCCUGGUGAAAAACGUCCUUGCCAAGAAAAUGCAGUAUGAGCAGAGGAUCAAGAUGGAGCAGAAGGGUCUGCGGGGCAGCUCAACCUCCUCUGGGCCAUCUUCUGCUGGCACUGACCUGCUGGGGGAUGGCCUGGAGGGCAAGUCCAGCUCACUGUCCCGCUCAGACUGCAGCUUCUCAGCCGAGGACCUGAGGGCUGGUGGGAUGCCAGUGGCCACAGUGGCCAUGGGGGAUGCCACCAGCACGCGUCCUGCCAAGGGAGUGGUGCUGAGCGAGGCGACGAGGGAGAGCGUCUGCAAGCUGAAGACAACCUUCAACGAACUCAAUGAGAGGAUGAAGUACCAGGAGGUGCUGGAGGGCCACCGGCUGCCCAGUGCCACUGAGGAACCAACAUCAGAGAGGAUCCGCUACCGGCGAGCACGCGCCUUAUUCGAAGCCCACCCUGAGGUGGGGAAGACGCUGGAUGUUGCCCCCAGAUUUGAGAGAGCGCCAAAGCCAUGGCCCAGCUUGAAGCAGCGAGCCAUCUGCCCCGGCCACCCCCAAACUCAGCCCUUUGAGGCUGACAGCCUGGCGCUCCCCACACCGCCACCCCGACGCCUCUUCACCUCCCGGGCACAGGAGGAGGGCCCGGCUGCUGCAGAGCACCCAGUGCCGCUGCCCCCAGCCCAGCCCCAGCCUCGCCUCGAGGACGUCCCCCAUUUCCUAAGGAGGACUGACGGUGCCACACCGGGCAGUAAGAGCACGCCGAGCCCCACCAAGCCCUUUGCCCCACACCCGACCGCACACCGGAGGAUGCUCGUCGAUCCCGACAGUGGGAAAUGCUACUACAUGGAGCCGCCACGGCAGCCCCAGCUGAAAACACUCUACGACCCCGAGACGGGGCAGUACCUGGAGGUGCUCGUCCCACCGGUGGCAUCACAUGCCAGGCUCUACCAGGCUCCUUUCAACCCCCUGGUCAUGCCCCCAGGGAUUGAGGAGCAGCUGCGCAGGGCAGAGGGGAAGGUGGGCAGGAAGGCGCUGAGCGAGUCCGACUACAUGGAGGUGCUGGAGAGGAGCUGCUCACAGGGCUGGGAGAGCCGCCUGGCCUUCCUCGUCCCCGCCAAGUCCAUCCUGGCCCUGGAGAAGUGGCGAUGCCCACCUGAAGAGCAGAUCUACGGCAACUGGUCGCUGCCGCUCAACACCUCCCACGUCUGGCAGCCCCGCAUGCGAGAGAUCCAGGGGGCCAUCGUGGUGUCCAGCCUGGUGGAGGUGGUUAUCGGGCUGCUGGGGCUCCCCGGGGCGCUGCUCAGCUACAUCGGGCCGCUGACCGUCACCCCCACCGUCUCCCUCAUCGGGCUCUCCGUCUUCCAGGCGGCCGGCGAGCGGGCCGGCUCCCACUGGGGCAUCGCCGCGCUGACCAUCUUCCUGAUCGUCCUGUUUGCCCAGUACCUGCGGCACAUCACCAUUUGCCUACCCGGGCACCGGCGGGGCCGCGGCUUCGUCCUGCUCCACAUCCAGAUCUUCAAGAUGUUCCCGAUCAUCAUGGCCAUCAUGGUGGUGUGGCUGCUCUGCUACGUGCUGACGUGCACCGGCGUCUUCCCCAGCCAGCCCGAGGCGUACGGCUACAAGGCCAGGACGGACACCCGGGGAGAGAUCCUGUCCGUGGCACCCUGGUUUCGGGUCCCCUACCCCUGCCAGUGGGGUCUGCCCACGGUGACCUCGGCGGCUGUGCUGGGCAUGUUCAGCGCCACGCUGGCGGGCAUCAUCGAGUCCAUCGGGGACUACUACUCCUGUGCCCGGCUGGCGGGAGGCCACGGCUCCUCCUCCUCCAGCCCCAACAUUGGCGUCCUGGGCAUCACGAAGGUGGGGAGCAGGAGGGUGAUACAGUAUGGGGCCAGCAUCAUGCUCGUGUUGGGGACCAUUGGCAAGUUCACGGCGCUCUUCGCCUCCCUGCCUGACCCCAUCCUCGGUGGGAUGUUCUGCACCUUAUUCGGCAUGAUCACGGCCGUUGGCCUCUCCAACCUGCAGUUCGUCGACAUGAACUCCUCCCGCAACCUCUUCGUGCUGGGCUUCGCCAUGUUUUUUGGGCUGACGCUGCCAAACUACCUGGAUUCCCAUCCCAAGGCCAUUAACACAGGUGUCCCCGAGCUGGACCAGAUCCUGACGGUGCUACUAACGACAGAGAUGUUCGUCGGGGGGACCAUCGCCUUCGUCCUGGACAACACCAUCCCGGGUAAUUAA